GUACUGAGGAGCCUCCUGCCACUACUGUUGUAAAAGCCACCGAAGGUACACAGCCAUCCGACUAAAGUGCAGAUCCUUGUCCAUUGACCCUUUCUGGACUAACAGAUGAACAAGGAGACAGAAGAUGACUUUUAUCAAUCGGAGGACGACUUGGAUGAAGAUGAGGCAACGCAAUAUAUCAUUGAACAAAGUCUGAUUGAAUAUAGAAAGCUCAAGGGAUUGAAUCCAAGCGAUCUGAAACCUAGUGAAGACCCUGAUGAGAUUUUCAAAGCAAUCAAGGAGGGUGAUGAAGAUGCACUGAACCGACUAGCAGGGCAACCAGAGGCUCUGUCCAGAGUUGAUGAACGAGGAUGGAUCCCGCUCCAUGAGGCUUCAGCGCAAGAGAAUAAGAGGAUACUAGAGAUUAUCUUCUCAGCAUCACCUCCAGGUGUAGCCCAGUGUCGUACUCUGAAGGGGGAGACGCCACUGUUUCUGGCUGUAGUUCAUGGACUCAGAGAGAACGCUACAUUCCUGUUACAGAAUGCUAGUAGUCCGGAUCUCCAGAAUGAUGAGCAGGAUUCUCCAUUAGUGGCAGCUAUUCUGAAUGACCAGUACGAUCUGGCCACGCUAUUGCUUCGCUACAGGGCCAAAGUAGACCAAGCAGGACCACUAAACAGGACAGCUCUACACGAGUCCGCCUUUUUAGGCCUGGAGAACUUUGUCUAUCUGCUCUUAGAAUCUGGCGCCAACCCAAAUGCAUGCGACGUCAAAAAGAAAACUCCACUGGCUCUGGCUGCACAGAAUGGACAUCUGAACGUGGUGGAGGUCCUGUUAGAAAAAGGAGCCCAUGUGUGGUGUGAAUCAGAGUCAGGCCCGGUCCUGUUUGAUGCAGCAGCAUCAGGAAACCCCGACAUGAUCUCCUUGCUGCUGGAGCAUGGAGCAGAUCCCAACAUACCUCUUUACAAUGGUCAUAUGCCAAUUCACCGCGUGGCCUACCAUGGACACAUACUGGCACUGGAGCACCUCAUCCCGGUCACUAGGCUGGACGCUGUAAAGGAAGGUGGGAUGAGUCCUCUCCAUUCUGCAGCCGCUGGGGGACAUGCCCAAUGUGUGGAGAUGCUGCUCAAAGCUGAUUACGAUCCAAACUUCAUGCUGCACCCAAGGGUGCGCUGCAACUAUGAUGACGAGCGCAGGUCUGCCCUCUUUUUUGCUGUGUCCAACAAUGAUCUUCAGUGCGCCCGCUUGUUGUUAGAGGCUGGGGCGAUGGUGAACCAGGAUCCUAUCAACUGUUUGCAGGUGGCUCUUAGACAGGGCAACUAUGAAUUAAUCAACAUGUUGCUGAAGUUUGGGGCAAAUGUAAACUACUACUCCCGUGUCAACACCACUCACUUCCCGUCAGCACUGCAGUACGCCUUUAAAGACGAGGUCAUGCUGAGAAUGAUUCUGAACCAUGGGUAUGAUGUCAAGCGUUGCUUUGACUGUCCGUACGGUGACAGUUCCCAUGACUACGCUCCUUGGACGACCUCUAUCAUCAAAGACCUGGUGUUCUGCGAGGUGAUAACAGUGUCCUGGCUUAAGCACUUAUCUGCUCAGGUGGUGCGCAUGAUGCUCGACUACACCGACCACGUCUCCUUCUGCACCAAACUUAAGGAAGCCUUGGAGGAGCAGAAACAGUGGCAGGAGAUCUGUCACAUUCAAAGAAAUCCCCGGGGCCUGAAGCACCUGUGUCGGUUGCGGAUAAGGCAGCAUCUCAGUCACCUGCGCUUGAGAUCCCCAGUUUUCAUCAGCUUCCUUCCUCUUCCUCCCAGGCUGAAAGAUUACAUACGCUACAAGGAGUAUGACGUCUACAGCAGGGGAAGCAUGGUGAACCCAUAGUGAAAACACAGUGUUUUGGAGAUGUUUUUCAAGUACAUGUAUUAUGUACUUUAAGCGUUGCAUUAUUUACACAAAACUGUAUGGGCUUUGGAGUUCUGUGUUUUAAAAAGCUACAAUGCCUCGUUAUAGUGACAUCCUUGAUAAUAAUGUUAUUAUUAUUAUAAUUAUUAUUAUUUCAUACCUAGAAUCUCGUAACCUAGAAAGUACCUAGAAAGAGUUCUCGACUUUAUAAUGUGAAUACAUGAAAUUGAAGGGAGAGAUGGUAUGAAAGCAGAACACCAGUAUGAUAUAAAAGGU